CACUACCCGCACCACCCCGCGCCGCCCGGCUACGCCGCGUACGACCACGGCCACCUCCCCGGCUGGGCGGGCUUCCCCGGGAGCACGAGCCUCCCGAACCUGCAGCUGCACCUCGCCGGCGGGGCCGCGGGGGGCCAUCCGUGGGGUCACGCCGGGCAGAGGGCGCACAGCCCGACGCGGGCGCACCCGAAGAUGCGCGUGCGCGAGCCGCCCGUGCCGCCGGGCCUGGCGAAGAAGCGGAGGCUGUUCCGCGAACGCGAGAGGGGAAGGGACGCGGGCGCGGAUGGGGGCGGUCGCUCGAGCGGGCUUCCUGGCGUGCUUGGGUCGGCUGUGUCGCAGGCGGUGGACGGACCCCGACCGCUGUCCGUUCUGCCACCUUCGCCCCUUGCUGCUCGGAGUCCCACCUUGGUCAUGGACGUCUCCCGGAAGCUGAGUCUGGACAGGAGCGAGAGCGACGACACGGUCGUCGGCAGUGCCAGCGAGCGAGAUGAAGGGGACGUGAAAUUCGCGCCGUUGGAGUCCAUGGAGCUGACACUUGUCGUUGAGAGGGAGGUCGAGGUCGAGCCUAUCCUCGACGACAGCUCUGGUGAGGGCGGUGUUCGCGCAUCUGGAGCGGUGCUGCAUAUUGGGGAGAACGCAGUGGGCGUCGACGGAGACGAUCACGACCGACCCCCUCACUCACCACCCUCUGCCCCUUCCUCGGCGCCCGCUUUCGUCGCCGUCGGCGCCCCCGACUCCUUCACAGCCGUCCUUCCAAUGUCUGACGCCCUACCACCUUCUGACAUCUCUGACACCGACAUUCACGCACUCAUGCCCCUCGACACCGCCGCCUCAACGCCGCCUCACGAGCACACACACGAGUCUCACGAUACCAGCGACGACACCCCCCUCCCUACACACGCCCAUAACGAUCGCGACACACACGACUCCGAUCAUGACCACGACCACGCCUACAAAACAGAAGCGGAGGUGGAGGAGGUCGCUGCGCCCAUACAUGACGGCGCCCGGCCUCUCCUGCUCCGCGACGCGGACCCUCCCGCUCUGCCUCUCCUCCCCGCUGAUCUUGCUCCCGACUAUGUGAUGCACGCAGCGGGGCCGUGACGGACCCGGCUCGCUGGUCGUGCUCGCGUCUCCGUUGUAUCUGUAUCUCGCGCACAGCCUAUCGUCGAUGCGUAUAUGCCAGUCGUCUUUUGGGUUCCCGUGGCCGUUUGGGUCUCUUUUGUUUUGUGGUGGUUCGGUACUUGGCGCGGACGGUCGCGGUGCGACUUGGCUCGCCUCACACCGCGCCCCUUACAUAGCUCAUUCCGCGUUCGCCC